AUGAAAAAUGGGACCAAUGUUGCUUGUCUGGUGAAGGAUUUCUACCCCAGGAAUGUAACUAUAAAUCUCCUCUCAUCCAAGAAAAUAGUAGAAUUUGACCCUGCUAUCGUUGUCUCUCCCAGUGGGAAGUACAGUGCUGUCAAGCUUGGUCAGUAUGAAGAUUCUAAUUCAGUGACAUGUUCAGUUCAACACAACCAUGAAACCUGGUACUCCACUGAAUUUGAAAAGAUGGUAAAUUCUUCAGAUAAUCUAAAACCAAUGGAAGCUGAAAACAUACAGCAAACUUCAAAGAUCAGCCAUAAACCCAAAGUUCAUGCCGAGAAGGUGAACAUGAUGUCCCUCACAGUGCUGGGACUCCGAAUGCUGUUUGCCAAGAUGGUUGCUGUCAAUUUUCUCUUUACUGCCAAGUUAUUUUUCUGUUAA